GCCGGCGGUCACAUGACGGGGGCGCCGCUGGGCGGAGGGAGCCGGGGCUUGGGGUUUCCGUGCGGGGCGCGCGUGCGGAGCGGCGGCGGGGCUGACCAUGAGUUUUCUUGGAGGUUUUUUUGGUCCCAUCUGUGAGAUUGAUGUUGUCCUUAAUGAUGGGGAGUCACGGAAGAUGGCGGAAAUGAAAACUGAUGAUGGCAAAGUAGAAAAACAUUAUCUCUUCUAUGAUGGUGAAUCCGUUUCAGGAAAGGUAAACCUAGCCUUUAAGCAACCUGGAAAGAGGCUAGAACACCAAGGAAUUCGAAUUGAAUUUGUCGGCCAAAUUGAGCUCUUCAAUGACAAGAGUAAUACCCAUGAAUUUGUAAACCUAGUGAAAGAAUUGGCCUUACCUGGAGAACUGACACAAAGCAGAAGUUAUGACUUUGAAUUUAUGCAGGUUGAAAAGCCCUAUGAAUCCUACAUUGGUGCCAAUGUCCGAUUGAGGUAUUUUCUUAAAGUGACCAUAGUAAGACGACUGUCAGACUUGGUAAAAGAGUAUGAUCUCAUUGUUCACCAGCUAGCCACCUACCCAGAUGUUAACAACUCCAUCAAGAUGGAAGUGGGCAUCGAAGACUGUCUACACAUAGAGUUUGAAUACAAUAAAUCCAAGUAUCAUUUAAAGGAUGUGAUUGUUGGAAAAAUUUAUUUCUUAUUAGUAAGAAUAAAAAUUCAGCAUAUGGAAUUACAGCUGAUAAAGAAAGAGAUCACGGGAAUUGGACCCAGCACCACGACAGAAACAGAGACCAUCGCCAAGUAUGAAAUCAUGGAUGGGGCACCAGUCAAAGGUGAAUCAAUCCCCAUAAGACUCUUUCUGGCGGGAUAUGACCCAACUCCGACAAUGAGAGAUGUGAACAAGAAAUUCUCAGUACGAUAUUUUUUGAACCUAGUCCUCGUGGAUGAGGAAGACAGACGGUACUUCAAACAGCAGGAGAUCAUCUUAUGGAGAAAAGCCCCUGAAAAGCUAAGGAAGCCGAGGACAAACUUUCACCAGCGCUUCGAGCCUCCAGAGCCGCAGGCAUCUGCCGAGCAGCCAGAAAUGUGAAGGGAAGAAGAGCAGGGAGCGGGGAAGGGGAGGCUGGGGGCUCCAGUGGUCAAAGCCUGCACAGGACAAGGCCUAUGGCCUCGCCUGGCCCCUCUCCGACCACGCUCACCUGUUUUGCGGCACUACUAACCAGUCUCCAAGGUGUACAGCCUGUUAAAAACAAAGUGCUUUCUCUGAAACACUGGAACUUUCUCAAGCUGCCGUCUCUCUCUCCUCUUUUUUUUUUUUUAAACUUCAUACUUUGAGUUGAUCAUAUGCACUCAGAUAUGCAUAAGCUUAAAAAUUAAAAAUCUCCAUGUGUGUAGGCUUGACAUUUUGUAAUUUUGUUUUCUUUCUCGAGGAUAUAGAUUAUGACUCUUCCUGCCCCAUCUCCAUGUCAUUGAUUUCCCUCUCAUUCUCUGCAGAACACGAGGCUUGGGUAUUCAAGUGAUAAGAGAGACUCUGGGUGGCUGUGAGGCUGUGGGGGCCACCCUGCUUGGCAGCCAUCCUCUAGGCAUAAUGUUCCCUGAGCAUUUCUGUUCAGUCUUGUGGGUGUUAGAGGGAUUCAGGCACUGCUUUUGUCCUGAGUCUUCCAGUCCCGUGGCAUGUUUCUACACUGGGAACUUCUUCCGACCUUUCACAUGAGAGAUCUGUAGCCGGAUGGGGUGACUGCCACUUACUUCCAGGAUUUCUUUUUUGCUGUUAGUCCGUUUAACUCUUGCAUCAGCGCCACAGUAGUUUUUCUGCAGUGUGUUUUUUGUGUUUUAAAAAUUCUAAUUUCACAUAACAUUUUUCCCCCACAGAUAGUUUGAAGUUUUAGGGAAAAUUUGGCUGUGUGUGCAGAAAAGGCUAAUUCUUAUUCACCUCUUGAUUGUUGGGUUGGGUGGACAUCUCCAGUCUGUAUCUGGUUAAGCAUACUUAUGUUAAGCGGCAGCUCUGGCCAGCCAAAACUCAGAAUUUACAAGCAACUAACCUCUAGGAAACACAUAUACUGUCCUUGUCUUAAUUUUGUUUAACGUUGAGUUUAAGUCCUCCUUGGUUCAGACGCUGGAAGGUUGCGCAGCUGUGACCUGGGUUCUGUUUCCGAUGUGUCCAUGCAUGUCUAUGUGGCAGAAGCGCUGGUUUUGUCUGAGCCACAGAAGCCACCUGCACUUACGGUUCACGAACCAACUGAGACUUUUGACCAAUGUCCGUGCAAGCCUGGUCGGUGGACCGCACUCAGUCCCCGGUCCUGCUGUCUGACAACUGCUUUCCUCCGGUGGCAUGCUGACCACCACCUCUUACUGCAGAAGAUGCUCUCUGGGUUCCUGUGCUUUGGGAACACCUCUUUUCAGUGUGGAUGUCUGGGGGUAAAAACAGAUGGAUUUUUUUUUUCCUCAUGUAAGUGCCUGUUCAGAAAUUUAAAACAAAAAUUUAAAUGCCAAAUAUUUUCAUGGUCACUUGCAUGUAGUAAUCUAGAAACUGAAAAGAUUUUGAAAACUGAUUGUAUUUAACCAGCCUCAAAUUGUGCAACCAUGUAUAAUAAAGAAUUUGAAACCAA